AUGGAUCCUCCCGUCAGAGGCACACGACUGGUUCCUGGAAAGAUAUCUUUCGUGGAUCUCGCUCCCGAACUGCAGUCGAUGAUUAUGGAAUUCCUCAUGCUCAGCAUCUGUCCUCUCACCGUUCCCUGCGCUGCAAAGACAAAGUACUACCCUAUCACUUCUGCCGGUGAGCAGAGCCUUCUCAAUCUCAAGCUCUCAUGCCGCAUGAUCUAUAACGCCAUCAAAGAGAAGCGAUUCGUUGAAGCUUUCACGAUCGUUCAGCCUCAGCCCCCUCGGACGGAGUGGCAUCCCUCGCAAGGCGCUGUCAUCUUUCCACCCUCUCGCAAGGCAUUUUCCAUUGACCCUAACCGAGAUAUGCUGCGAGUCUGGGACAUGAAGCUGCCUCAUUGCCAUCGAUUCUCUGGCAACAUUCCCGUCCGGAGACUUCUCUCUGUCUGGCUUGACAAGCCCGUUCAUCACCAUUCUACAAGGUUUGAUAGGGCAAACUAUCCCGGAGACCCUUUGAAGCUAUGGCGGAAGAUGUGGCAGGGCCGAACCAACCCUGACGAACCUCGUACUCUUAGACCUACUCGAGUGCUGUGGAACCAGGACCCCUUUAUCCCCGACCUCCAACUCGCCAAGCUAGUCCGGCUUGAGGAGCUCUACAUUGCUGCGAAAAAAGUCCCAAAUGACUAG